AGGGGACCGAACUCCCGAUUGGUCACCAUUCGCCGCCUCAUCUCUGUUGCUCUUCCUCCUCCGGAACACCACCAGCUCCACGAGAACAAUGGCGGCCGCCGCAGCCGGCAGCUUCUCCGCCGUCUCCGCCAGAACGGCACCACCUCCUCCUCCUCCCUCCUCCUCCUCCUCCUCCUCCGUCUCCUCCAAAUCUCUCUCCCUCCUCCACCUCCCCCCCACAAGUCCUUCCCUUUCCCCUCCAGGCCCGCCAGGCCCUCCUUCUCUUCCCCUCCCCUCCGCAUCUCCAGCUCCCUCCCCAACCCCGUCCCCAAGGCCUCCUCCGCCGCCGCCGCCGUCACCGCCCCUCCGCCGCCCCCCUCCCCCGAGGCCUUCGCCUCCCGAUUCGCCCCCGACGAGCCCCGCAAAGGGUCCGAUGUCCUCGUGGAGGCCCUGGAGCGGCAGGGCGUCACCAACGUCUUCGCCUACCCCGGCGGCGCCUCCAUGGAGAUCCACCAGGCCCUCACCCGCUCCAGCGUCAUCAAGAACGUCCUCCCCCGCCACGAGCAGGGCGGCAUUUUCGCCGCCGAGGGCUACGCCCGCGCCUCCGGCCUCCCCGGCGUCUGCAUCGCCACCUCCGGCCCCGGUGCCACCAACCUCGUCAGCGGCCUCGCCGACGCCAUGCUCGACAGCAUCCCCAUUGUCGCCAUCACUGGCCAGGUGCCCCGAAGAAUGAUUGGUACGGAUGCGUUUCAAGAGACCCCCAUCGUCGAGGUCACCCGGUCUAUAACGAAGCACAACUAUCUGGUUCUUGACGUGGAAGAUAUACCGAGGGUAGUCAGCGAGGCAUUCUAUUUAGCGACUUCAGGGAGGCCGGGUCCGGUUCUCAUCGAUAUACCUAAGGAUAUACAACAGCAGCUCGCGGUUCCAAACUGGGACAUGUCUUUGAGGUUGUCGGGAUACACGUCGAGGUUGCCUAAGCCGCCUCACGAGGCGCACCUGGAACAGAUUGUGAGGUUGAUAGCCGAAUCAAAGAAGCCAGUCUUGUAUGUGGGCGGUGGGUGUUUGAAUUCGAGCGAGGAGUUGAUUAGGUUUGUAGAACUUACGGGGAUCCCUGUGGCGAGUACUUUGAUGGGUCUAGGGUCGUUCCCUUGCACAGAUGAUUUGUCGCUUCAUAUGCUUGGGAUGCAUGGGACUGUAUGUGCAAACUAUGCAGUGGACAAAAGUGAUCUGUUGCUCGCCUUUGGAGUUCGGUUUGAUGAUCGCGUGACGGGCAAGCUGGAAGCUUUUGCUAGCCGAGCUAAGAUCGUUCACAUUGAUAUUGACUCAGCUGAGAUUGGAAAGAACAAGCAGCCUCAUGUUUCUGUUUGUGGGGAUGUGAAAUUGGCCUUGCAAGGGAUGAACCGGUUGUUGGAAGGGAAAGGAUCAAAGCUUAAACUUGACUUUUCCGCUUGGAGGGUGGAGCUUGAUGAGCAGAAACAGAAGUACCCAUUAAGUUUUAAGACGUUCGGGGAUGCCAUACCUCCUCAGUACGCGAUUCAGGUUCUUGAUGAGUUGACCGAUGGAAACGCAAUCAUCAGUACAGGUGUCGGGCAACAUCAGAUGUGGGCUGCACAGUUUUACAAGUAUAGGAGACCUCGGCAGUGGUUGACAUCCGGAGGAUUAGGGGCUAUGGGUUUUGGGUUGCCGGCUGCUAUUGGAGCUGCUGUUGCAAAGCCUGAUGCCGUUGUUGUGGACAUUGAUGGAGAUGGAAGCUUUAUCAUGAAUAUCCAGGAGUUGGCUACUAUCAGAGUGGAGAACCUUCCGGUCAAAAUUCUUCUGUUGAACAAUCAGCACCUGGGCAUGGUUGUCCAAUGGGAGGAUCGGUUCUACAAGGCCAAUAGGGCGCACACGUACCUAGGAGAUCCGUCGAGAGAGUCUGAGAUAUUCCCAGAUAUGUUGAAGUUUGCUGAAGCUUGCGGAAUACCUGCUGCUCGUGUGACCAAGAAAGCAGAUGUUAGAGCUGCAAUUCAGAAAAUGCUGGAAACUCCUGGGCCAUACUUGCUAGACGUGAUUGUUCCCCAUCAAGAGCACGUCUUGCCCAUGAUUCCUAGUGGUGGGGCUUUUAAAGAUGUGAUAGUCGAGGGUGAUGGACGAUCAGCGUAUUGAUAUGAAGUUUGAUUUAGUUAUCAUCACUUGUUUGCUGAGUAGAACAGAUAACUUGCGGUUUAGCGAUGGUGUUCCGACUUUAAUCGUGAAGAUCUUGUAAUAGCAUCUCUUGCUUAUGUGUAAUUUGUUCUGGUUUAAAUCUAGUUGUCCCAUUCUGGUA